AUGGUUACGCCUCGGGAUAGAGGUACGACAGCCGACUACGACGGUGACGACGACGGCGACGACGACGACGACGACGACGACGGCGACAACGACGGUGACAGCGAUCACCCUACAUUUGUUUCACGUAGCGAUAGUUGUCGAAAAGAAAGCGAAUUGAUUAUUGAAAGGUGGCGUGGAACAAGGAAGAAUCACAGGUGGUAUAAGAGAAUAACAAGAAUGGGCAAUAAAUUGUCUUGCAGUUGUGCUCCUCUUAUCAGAAAGGCUUAUCGCUACGAGGAUUCACCAUGGCAGGCUGGCGUAAGGGGCGGAAUGGGCGGCAGCGGAGGUCGGCGGGGUGACACUGGCCACUUGCUCAGGUGCGGAAGCUUAAGAGAAAGGAAGAGACUGUGGGCCGAAGUGUUCCACGUAAGUGCCAGCGGGGCAGGAACCGUAAAAUGGCAGCAGGUCUCCGAAGAUUUAGUUCCUGUAAAUAUCACAUGCAUUCAAGAUUCGCCAGAAUGUAUUUUCCAUAUUACCGCAUACAACAGCCAGGUGGACAAAAUUUUGGAUGUACGAUUGGUUCAACCAGGCACACGUAUUGGACAAGCAUCGGAGUGUUUCGUUUACUGGAAAGAUACAAUGACGAACGAUACGUGGGGUCUGAAUUUCACUUCUCCGAUAGAUGCUAAACAAUUCAGAGAAUGUUGCUCACCGUCGUUCAAGAUUUCAAGGAAAGCGUCCUCUUCUUACUCGUUGAAGCUUGAACCACCUAACAAACAAAAGAUCAAAACGCGGAGAAAGCCUUUGUCGACACCGGCAUCACCGAGCAGAUCCAGGGAACCUCAAUGUACUUGUAUGACCCCGGAACAACUUGCCAGGUUUCGAAGCCAAGAAGCUAGAUAUCGAGGCUUUUGCGGUACUUCUACGCUCCCGCGAACUAUGGCACGAUCAACGGAGGUUGAAAUGACACCAGCUCGUGAUAAAAUAACUGCAGCAACAUCCAGUGCGUCCCUAUAUGAUAAUGUUAACAAUACAAACGUGACACCAGGUAAAACAUCGAAAGCAGGUGAAUCAAAACAAAAGGAGAAGCAAAAUGAAACCUGCCAAACUACGCCGAAAACGGCGAACGUUGGCAUUGAAACAGUCACCGUUGGAUCACAGAUUGAUAGCCCGGAAGAGAAAGGUGCCGGGAUCUCCCCGAAGAAAAGCCAAAAGCAAAAUCAAGAUUCAUCUAUUCAACAGAAUAAUACUGAAAUGUUGAAGUCAGAGGGUACACAAGCUGGCGGUACUUUACAAAAUAAGUCCUUACGAAAAGAGCAAUUGCAUCAUACAAAGUCUGCUGAUUAUACAGACUUGGAGAUGCAAAAUGGUAAUAUCUUUAACAUAGUGAAUAACAAUCAUAGCGGGAAGAAAUCAAAAAGCAAGAGCACCGACGACAUGAGGAUUGAAAACGCGCAGAAUGGUGGCAUUAGUUUGGAUUCAAACACUUUAAAGAGAAUGUUGAAACCAAUAUCGAGUAUCGAUAGUCCUGUUACGUCUCCAGAGAUGACCAGAAAAAGACAUAGCCACCAUAAUUAUCAUUACCAUCCGAGUAACAACAAUCAGAAGUACAUCAUGCAAGAAACUGAGAAUGAAAAUUGUGCGCAUCUAUAUCGAGCACCAUAUAACAACAAAUUCCAGGCAACCAGAAGCGUGCACGAUAUGGGACGGCAGUACACUGCUGAAUAUAAUCAUCACGUCGUGUCGAAUUCCUGCAUGAAGCACCUGUUUGUCGUAGGCGGCAGAGCCAGGACCUAUUUAGAUUCGGAACGUAAUCGAUGUACAGGUGAUAUGUCGCCGCCAUCGGAUAAUGUCAUCUUCGAUAAUCAGUGUUACGCGACCACGCCAAGUUCGUCAAAUGGGAAUUCAGAUAUGGAACAACCCACUCACUGUAGUUCACGUCGCUGCAAUGGUGGUCAACCGUAUCAACAACAAAACAUGCAAUCUGUCUCAACACCUGGUAGCCCAACUAGUAGACUUCUUCUCGAAUAUGAGAUGCACCUGAGGAACACGUUGGCCAAGGGUAUGGACGCCGAGAGCUACAGUUUACGCACCUUUGAGGCAUUGCUAACGCAAAGCAUGGAAGAUUUAGGUUCUGGUUCCAAUAAAUCGUCAACAUUGCCACUGUCGUAUCGUUAUUCCAAUGAGAGACAAAACAGUAAAGACAGGGAUGGUUAUUAUAGCGAUCGUAAUGAAAUAAUUAGAGAGAAAAGAGAUAGAGAGAUUGAUCGUGAUCGUGGAUAUCUCAGUGAUUACAAUUCUAGAUGUACCAGUUGCGUUGGAGAGUCCGCACGCGCUCAAUGGUUUCGACAUUCUGACGGAUGGCAGUCUGGUAGUUCGACACUUGGCUCUGGUGCUUCUAGUUCUAUGAAUCCAAGUUACACUGGACACAAACGGGAUUCUCCCUGGGAUUCUUUACCAUCAUUAAGACACGAGGGCAGUCUUAAUGACAGUGGAUACAAAUCAAAUCGAACUGAUUCCUUAGAACAAAGAGGCACGUUUGAUAGACAAGACAGUGUAAGAUCGGAUUACAUGUCUGACCGGGAUGGCAGAUAUGGAAUUGUUCAACAAGCUUCUCUGGAGAGUACAGACUCAAGAAUUUGCUACUUGACGUCCUCGGAGAUGUCAGACGAUGAUAAAAUGUCGCUAACUACUGCUGUUAGCGACGAUGACGAUGGUGAAAGUGUCAUAAAUUCACCUUAUCGAGGAAAACAGACUGGUACCGCUGCCGCUUCGUUCAAUUGUACGGGAGCUGUUCGAAAGGCUGGAUUUUUAAGCGUGAAAAAAUGGCUACUACGAAAGAAGCAUCAGAUCGAGCUCGCGAGAAAGAGAGGUUGGAAAGGUUACUGGGUUUGCUUAAAAGGGACAACCCUUCUCUUUUAUCCUUGCGAUUCACAAGAAAGUAGAGCCAUGGAGGCAGCGCCGAAACAUUUGAUUAUAGUCGAUGGCGCGAUAAUGCAACCAAUUCCAGAACAUCCGAAAAGAGAUUACAUAUUUUGUUUAAGCACCGCAUUCGGCGAUGCUUACUUAUUUCAGGCUCCGUGUCAAGUGGAACUCGAAAACUGGGUGAACAGCAUACAUUCCGCUUGUGCCGCUGCGUUUGCACGCCAUCGUGGUAAAACUGGAACCCUUCAUUUAUUGCAGGAAGAAAUAUUUCGUUUGGAGAAGGCGAUAGAAUCGGACCAUAAACUAAAACACAUGGCGGACCUUCAGCAGUCGGUCGUGUCUGACGUAGAAACGAGACAGCAGAUUAACAAUCAGAUCAUUCAGUGGGAGGAAAAUUUAGAGCGACUUCAUUGCGAACAAUUCCGACUGAGAUGCUAUAUGGCUAGUUUACAAAGCGGUGAAUUACCAAACCCAAAGAGUUUAUUGACGCACGUAUCUCGUGCCACGAAGCAGACAUUAAACAAAUUGGGAGUCUUUACCGUGUCGUCAUUUCAUGCUUUUAUAUGUGCACGAAGUCCUUCGUUGCUCAAUAAUUUACUAGCAGGCCGGGGAGCUACCAAAAGAAGACCACCUUUACUCUCGAGAUCUAAUAGCGGAUCAAGUAGAAGAUCCCUUCAAAUAUCGUCCAGAGAUGAUGAGAAAACCGUGAAGGUGUACGUACCGGAAAAUCAGCUGGUAUCGGUAUUUGUGCGUGACGCUAUGACAGUAGAAGAAUUCCUUGCAAGUGCUUGUAAUAGGAAAAAUCUUAAUCCGAUGGAACAUUUCGUUCGUGUAAAAAAACGACGCGACAUGGAAGAUCAUAAUUAUUUCGUCCCACAUAGAACGGAUAUGAUAGAAACUUAUUUGCACACCCAUGAGAUUGUUGAAGUUUGCGCAAAGAUUUUAUAUCAAGUAGAACUACAGAGAAAUACCCUUGAACAAAUGUGGGGCUUUUCGGUGGAAGCAGAGUUAAUUGAGAAUUCUGACCGGCAGGAUGAAUUAUGUUGUUAUGUUAGCAGGGUUGAAGACAAGAGCGUAGCAAUGCAAAAUGGAAUCAUCAAAGGAGACGAGAUUAUGGUAAUUAACGGUGCAAUAGUGAGCGAUUUGGACAUGAUGUACUUGGAAAGUGUAUUGCAAGAAGAAGUUGGUCUAUGUAUGAUGAUGAGAUCUUCGCGAACUGAACCCCCAGACCUCACGGGCAUAAUGAGAGUCACCGAUGACAUAAUCGAAAGUUUGGUCUGCCCGCCUCCACCUUCUGAGCCACCAGUUAUCAGCGAAGAAAUGAUAUCCGGUUUAAUUGUCCCAGCCCCUGGAUGGAGCAAAGAAAGUAUCGCGCAGGAGUGUACGUCAGCAUCUCACAUGGAAAAUGGCAAACAAACAUCUCGCACAAAUUCAUUCGAAAUAGAAAAUUUAUUAAAAACCGCUGAACAAGUAACGGGGAUCUGUCGAUCACCUGGUGAAACAAGAAAAUCUAGCCCCACUGGAAGCGUUGUUAGCUCUCAUUCUCAAGCUAUGACACCGAGUCGGCAAUUAACCGAUGCUGAGAAAUUAAAGAAAGUUAUUCUAGAAUUAAUCGAAACUGAGCGUACUUAUGUAAAGAAUUUAAAUAAUUUACUGGAGAACUAUUUAGAACCCCUUAAACGUGAAACUUUCCUAUCGAAUGCAGAGAUAAAUGCAUUGUUUGGGAACAUACAAGAGAUUGUUACAUUUCAACGACAAUUUCUACAAAAUCUUGAUCAUGCGAUCGAGAUGGAAACUGAUUUCAAUAAUUUUGACCAUCCUAGUCAAUUUAAGAUGAAGGAAACCAAGCUUUACAAGAGUUCCUGCAAGCGCGUAAUCCAAGACAGCAACACUCGUCGACUUUGGAAUCAUAUUUAAUAAAACCUAUUCAACGAAUAUUGAAAUAUCCAUUCCGAUCGACUUAAGCCCGGGAGAUCUUUUAUAUUAUGGGGGAGUCGAAUGGCUCAAUAUUUCCGACUUCCUUGGUAAAAUCAAGAAAGGCUUGGAACUACAUGCAAUGUGUUUUGUUUUCAAAUCAGCUGUUGUAUUCUUAUGUAAGGAAAGAUUGAGACAAAAGAAGAAGCUUAUGGGCGUGUCCACCAAAGUAAAUUCCAGCGAGGUAGAAAUAAUUCGCUAUCAAGUAUUGAUUCCUGUAACGGAAGUACAAGUUAGAGCUAGUUCCGCCAAAGAUAUGGAAUCUCAUUUCCUGUGGGAAUUGAUUCACUUAAGAAGUCAAUUACAGAGAAGAUCGGAAAAAGUAUACGUCCUUUCUAACAGCACAACAGAAUUCAGAAAUGCAUUUUUGAGGACAAUACGUCAAAUUAUUCGGGAAUCGGUCCGAAAUAUGAAUAUACCAUCAACGAAACAGAACUUGAGUCAAUCGUCGAUCACUAUUUCACCACGUAUGUCGACCGGGCAUGUUGAAAAAUUUGAGAAGCAGUCAGCAAACCAAGUACAAAAUGGCAGUAAUAGUAGCACCACAACUACCGGUACGCUAUCAAAAAAAACGGCUAAACCACAAUUGUUGCCAACUUCCCAUAACAUAAAGCGAAAAUAUAGUCAAUCGAAGCAAACAGCGGAGCACGAAAGCUCCGAAGAUAAAGACACCGAGGAGUCGGCAGGUGCAAUUAAUCAGCAACAGACAUUUCGCUCCCGAAGCAAAACUAUAAGCGAUACAUCCGGAGAGAUAAAAGUCGAAAUGGAUUCAGGAACAAAAUCCGAAGGAGAAGAAGAUUCCCAAGCUUUUUUAGGUGAGAAGAAGGCAAAUUUGGGCCGUACACCGAAUCAUUUGACUUUGAGCACCACUUCAACCAUUUCAGCAGGAAGCACAGGUAGUCAGGCGAGACUGAUCCAGUCUUCUCAUCAACCGGAAAAUUAUCAGCCAAUCGCAGUCAAGGAACUUGGUUCGCCAAUUUGGAAACCACGAGAAUUACCUUCGCUAGGAGAAUCCACGACGUUACCACGUAAGGGUAAGUCGGCCAGCGAGUUUGGGGAUAUAAACUCAUCUCAUAGCGCCUCCCGAAAGUCUCUAAUAGAAAUCAAUAAUUGUGCUCAACAAUCUAACUGUAAUAACCAUAUUUAAAUUAAAUAGAUGUUAAUUGAUUGAUGAACUAUCGAGUUAAGUUUAAAAGACCGUGCAACAAAAAUAAACCAAACAACUAUUCAAUUACCGCGUAAACUGUAAAAAUUAGUAUUCGCUUGCCGCCCACGUGGAAUGCUUUAACGCUGGUACGUUCCCCUCCUUGCACAUCUCCUCGUUUCGUCUUCCAAACGUACUUAUACGUUAUUAAACGUCGUUGGUGCUACUCCUCUGUACAACGAACGAAUAUUCAAUUGUUUAACAGGAGAGAAUCUUAUCCGAAGCUUUGCUCUUAGCGAGAAAUAAACAUGCGUAACAGACAGAGAACAAUCUCAAUAUAUACACACGUACAUCUUACAUGCAUUUGAUGAUAAUUCCAAAGGAGAUCAUACUCGGAUUCUUCCUUUUCCGUUCUUUCGUCAGCUAUUUUUCGAUCUUUUAUUUAUUAUAAUGUUAGAUAGACGUGCGACAUUGCCAUUUACCGCUACCAUUUUAUUAUUGUAAUCGAACGCAAAUUGUACUAAAAAAAAAAUAUAUAUAUAUA